CUGAAACAAGAAAACAAAAUAUGAAGCAUAACUCACAGAAAGAGUAGAUCUGCUCUGAGUUACAUUGAAAGUAAACAACAAUAAACUUCUAACUAAAAUCAAUUUACUACAGGGACUACAUGUCUUCAUACUUUUGAAUUUGGACUCACGGAACGAGGAAGUGAAACGACAGUGAAAUCUAACAUUUGCAGCGUUUCAAGUUUCAAAUUGUUUAAAAACUAAGGUAUCUUGGGAGAGAUAUAAUGUCGUUGAAAGGAAGUCUCCUUGUUUUUCUGGUCCCACUGAUGGCCCUUGUACAUACCAGAGUAAUUAUCCCGCCGACGAGGAUAAAAUCCCGGCACACUGGCUAUUCCGUUAACCAACCCAUUGUCCUGACCCGUCCACCCAACAUGCAUACAGCCCCACAAAGAUACAUAAAGCCAACGACGACAACAGAGCCUCCUACAUCUAACGAACCACCGGAAGUCGAAGAACCGGAUGUUACAGUUAGCCCUUGGUACAAUAGUAGAAACGACUAUAGCGGCUUUAAUAUGUACCAGGGAACGACGGCGGGAGUCUUUGGUUUUCCGUAUUUUAACCAGGCUAGAUAUACCGCAACUGGAGGAAACAGCGCCGGUGGAUCCUCACCGGAGGUGGAUGCAUGGACGCCGACUCCCGACCCGACAAUUCGUCUUAGGCAGCAGCUACGACGACGACUGCAAAUUCAUCAAAGACAAUGGGUUCGCCAAGUGAAGCAAAGAACAACAACAAGAACUACUACUACUGCUACGACAACAGCAGCAUCUAUUACACCGAACACUCAUGAACCGGAAGAGGUUGUUGAAGGGGGCGGCGCGAACGGAGCGAAAGACACCGUUUUCGUAGGCCAUAGUGGAUAUUGCUUUUGCUCAAUUCUAAGUCAGUGUCCGUCGUCGGCGAUUCGCCGAGGAUCGUGUUCCAAUAUUUUUACAAACUUCUUCCGACUUGGUAUGAUUCGGUGUUGUUACAGUCCGAGUGUAGCAAAACGACUCGGAUUAUAGUUAGACAACAUGUUUUUUAUUGUUUGAUAUCAUGAUACUCUUAUUUCCGGUUUUUAUAAUUGCUUUUCUUUAUUAAUCAGCUCAUUUCAGCAUAAAUAGAAAAUAACAAAUAAAGCAAGUCGUCAAGGGUUGCCCCAUAUAUCACCUCGUGUCUGAUUACCCCCUACAUGAACUGUGUUUAGCAGUCAAUACUAGACUUUUUUUGUUAUAUUAUACUGUUAUAUUUUGUUAUAUUUACUGUUUAGAGUUAGCCUCAUUUAACAGUAAAGGCCAAAUAAUAUCCUUUUUAAUCAGCAUGGGGUGAAGGAAUUUGAUACACCUGAAACAUUUCUGUCAAAUUAUGUUGAAAUCAGGUCAAUGCUUUCUGAAAAGAAGAAGUUUUUCAUUUAGGCAUAUAAUAAAAAAUAGCCCCACGCGGCCAUGUUUUUUUUAUGAAUCAACAUGGGAUGAAGAAAUUUGAAAGAGGAACAUUUCUGUUAAAGCUGCGCUCUCACAGAUGGAUCGUUUUUUGCUGUCUUAGAAUGAGACAAUUUCGCGUAAAUGUCUGAGAACCAGUGAUAUAAGACUGCUGACAGAAGAUCAGA